GGGGUCAUUUCCUCAAGGCCCUACUCGCUAGCCAGCACCCCCGGGGCCAGCCCUGGCUGCUGCUGGGAGCCAGGUCGUAAGGGGCAGCGGGAUGUUUCUGACGCUGCCCUGGCACAUUAGCCCCGGGUCCUUCGGGAGGGUCCUGAGCCACUCGGAUCGGAUUUCGCUCUUGGGAGAAAGGCCUGGCUCGUGCGCGGAGCGGGGCCCAGGUCCAAGAGCAGAGCUAACAGAGCGGCGGCCUUGCACUGGGGUUCCAGCCUGUGGUGGAAACAGAAAGCCGCGGGGGGGCGGGGCUGCCUCCCUUUGGCCCUCGGCUGCCUGCGAAACAUGGACCGGGUGAUGCCCCAGGAGAAAGCACCCUAGUAGUUCCGCUCCGAGGGCGGAAGUGCGCGUCUCUGUCUGUGCGGCUGACCAGUUAGCGACAUGGUGGCACCCGUGCUGGAGAUUUCUCACGUGUUUUGCUGCCCAAACCGGGUGCGGGGAGUCCUGAACUGGAGCUCUGGGCCCAGAGGACUUCUGGCCUUUGGCACGUCCUGCUCCGUGGUGCUCUAUGACCCCUUGAAAAGGGUUGUUGUUACCAACUUGAAUGGUCACACCGCCCGAGUCAAUUGCAUACAGUGGAUUUGUAAACAGGAUGGCUCCCCUUCUACUGAAUUAGUUUCUGGAGGAUCUGAUAAUCAAGUGAUUCACUGGGAAAUAGAGGAUAAUCAGCUUUUAAAAGCAGUCCAUCUUCAAGGCCACGAAGGACCUGUUUAUGCGGUGCAUGCUGUUUACCAGAGGACGACAUCAGAUCCUGCAUUAUGUACACUGAUCGUUUCUGCAGCUGCAGAUUCUGCUGUUCGACUCUGGUCUAAAAAGGGUUCAGAAGUAACGUGCAUUCAGACUUUAAACUUUGGAAAUGGAUUUGCUUUGGCUCUCUGCUUGUCUUUUUUGCCAAAUACUGAUGUACCAAUAUUAGCAUGUGGCGGUGAUGAUUGCAGAAUUCACAUAUUUGCUCAACAAAAUGAUCAGUUUCAGAAAGUGCUUUCUCUCUGUGGACAUGAGGAUUGGAUUAGAGGAGUGGAAUGGGCAGCCUUUGGUAGAGAUCUUUUCCUAGCAAGCUGUUCACAAGAUUGCCUGAUAAGAAUAUGGAAGCUGUAUAUAAAGUCAACAUCUUUAGAAACUCAGGAUGAUGAUAACAUAAGACUGAAAGAAAAUACUUUUACCAUAGAAAAUGAAAGUGUUAAAAUAGCAUUUGCUGUUACUCUGGAGACAGUGUUAGCCGGUCAUGAAAACUGGGUAAAUGCAGUUCACUGGCAACCUGUGUUUUACAAAGAUGGUGUUCUACAGCAGCCAAUGAGAUUAUUGUCUGCUUCCAUGGAUAAAACCAUGAUUCUCUGGGCUCCAGAUGAAGAGUCAGGAGUUUGGCUAGAACAGGUUCGAGUAGGUGAAGUAGGUGGGAAUACUUUGGGAUUUUAUGAUUGCCAGUUCAAUGAAGAUGGCUCCAUGAUCAUUGCUCAUGCUUUCCACGGAGCGUUGCACCUUUGGAAACAGAAUACAGUUAACCCAAGAGAGUGGACUCCAGAGAUUGUCAUUUCAGGACACUUUCAUGGUGUCCAAGACCUAGUCUGGGAUCCAGAAGGAGAAUUUAUUAUCACUGUUGGUACUGAUCAGACAACUAGACUUUUUGCUCCAUGGAAGAAAAAAGACCAAUCACAGGUGACUUGGCAUGAAAUUGCAAGGCCUCAGAUACAUGGGUAUGACCUGAAAUGUUUGGCAAUGAUUAAUCGGUUUCAGUUUGUAUCUGGAGCAGAUGAAAAAGUUCUUCGGGUUUUUUCUGCACCUCGGAAUUUUGUGGAAAAUUUUUGUGCCAUUACAGGACAAUCACUGAAUCACGUGCUUUGUAAUCAAGAUAGUGAUCUUCCAGAAGGAGCCACUGUCCCUGCGUUGGGAUUAUCAAAUAAAGCUGUCUUUCAGGGAGAUACAGCUUCUCAGCCUUCUGAUGAAGAGGAGCUGUUAACUAGUACUGGUUUUGAGUAUCAGCAGGUGGCCUUUCAGCCCUCCAUACUUACUGAGCCUCCCACUGAGGAUCAUCUUCUGCAGAAUACUUUGUGGCCUGAAGUUCAAAAACUAUAUGGGCAUGGUUAUGAAAUAUUUUGUGUUACUUGUAACAGUUCAAAGACUCUGCUUGCCUCAGCUUGUAAGGCAGCUAAGAAAGAGCAUGCAGCUAUCAUUCUUUGGAACACUACAUCUUGGAAACAGGUGCAGAAUUUAGUUUUCCACAGUUUGACAGUCACGCAGAUGGCCUUCUCACCUAAUGACAAGUUCUUACUAGCUGUUUCCAGAGAUCGAACCUGGUCAUUGUGGAAAAAGCAGGAUACAAUCUCACCUGAGUUCGAGCCAGUUUUUAGUCUUUUUGCCUUCACCAACAAAAUUACUUCUGUGCACAGUAGAAUUAUUUGGUCUUGUGAUUGGAGUCCUGAUAGCAGGUAUUUCUUCACUGGGAGUCGAGACAAAAAGGUGGUUGUCUGGGGUGAGUGCGACUCCACUGAUGACUGUAUUGAGCACAACAUUGGCCCCUGCUCCUCAGUCCUGGACGUGGGUGGGGCUGUGACAGCUGUCAGCGUCUGCCCAGCGCUCCACCCUUCUCAACGAUAUGUGGUUGCAGUAGGAUUGGAGUGUGGAAAGAUUUGCUUAUAUACCUGGAAAAAGACUGAUCAAGUUCCAGAAAUAAAUGACUGGACCCACUGUGUAGAAACAAGUCAAAGCCAAAGUCAUACACUGGCUAUCAGAAAAUUAUGCUGGAGGAAUUGCAGUGGAAAAACUGAACAGAAGGAAGCAGAAGGUGCUGAGUGGUUACACUUUGCAAGCUGUGGUGAAGAUCACACUGUGAAGAUACACAGAGUCAAUAAAUGUGCACUGUAAUGGACUUAA